UCCUCUUCUUCCCUUGGCGGCGGCUUCGGCUUGGCUUGGCCACUACUGCUCCCUCCCACUCCCUCACCGUCACCGGCUGCGCGCAUGGCGCUCCACGCUGUCUCCCCCGCGGCGGUCUCCUCGCUGCGCGCCCUCUCGCUCCGCCUCACCCAGCCCCCAGGCUGCGGUUGUCUCCCAAAGCAAUUGGUUUACUCCUCCACGAACUUUGCAAGACUUCAGGCUGGACCAGUGGACUUUGUUGGCAGGCCUCUGGUUCUUCAGCAUUCCGACAAGAGAGCAGUUUUGACGCAUGCCACUAUCGAAGAAAUUGAAGCAGAAAAAUCUGUCAUUGAAGAGCAAGCUAAAGAAAAGAUGGAGAAGGCAAUCGAAACCGUCCAAACUAACUUCAACACUGUGAGAACAGGGCGUGCAAACCCAGCAAUGCUUGACCGGAUUGAGGUUGAGUACUAUGGAACUCCAGUGAACUUGAAGAGCAUUGCACAGAUAAGCACUCCAGAUGCAACUUCUCUUCUUAUUCAGCCAUAUGACAAGUCAAGCCUCAAGCUUAUUGAGAAAACAAUAGUUGCCGCAAAUCUUGGUGUAACACCAAGCAAUGAUGGAGAAGUGAUACGAGUGACUGUCCCACCACUGACAUCAGAUCGCAGAAAGGAAUUAGCAAAAACUGUAGCUAAGUUAGCUGAAGAUGGCAAGGUUGCUAUAAGGAACAUAAGAAGAGAUGCAAUCAAAGCUUAUGAUAAACUGCAGAAGGAAAAGAAGCUUUCUGAAGAUAACGUGAAAGAUUUGUCAGCUGAUCUACAAAAAGUCACAGAUGGGUACAUGAAAAAGAUAGAAUCGAUCCAAAAGCAGAAGGAAGAGGAACUGAUGAAAAUUUAGAUCUCAAGCUGACAGUAUAACUGCUUGGUGCUGCGCCGGGAAUGCACGUUCUGGGUCGGUGCUUUGCUGGAACUUUUUGGAUGCAAGUUCAGACAAUGCUGCUGUUGCUGUGCUUCUCUUUUUGUAAUGCUCGUAAAUAGGCAGGCUCUCAUCAUAGUGGUGGUCAGACCACUGCAUUGUCAAUAUUUCUCACCAUCUGAAUCUCAAAUGACUGAAUUGUUUGGUUCUGCGCUCAAGUCUCUGUUGUGAACUUUCUGAGGCACAAAACAAUUUUGCGCAGCCUAGUUCAUGUCUGUGUAGGUGCA